AUGGCUGCGCCGCAGAAAGAAAAGCGGAUCCCAAUAGCCAUUAUCGGCAUGGGGUAUGCAUACUCUACCACCUUUAAUCGAUGGAAAUCCGAUGUUUUCCACCAUCCAAAUAACAAAAGCCGGGUAAAUACGCUAGCAACCAAGGGCGGAUAUUUUUUUAGGGAGGACCCGUAUAAGUGGAAUGCGGCCUUUUUCAAUAUUACAGCGGUUAAAGCCAACGUUUUGGACCCAAAACAGCGCAUCGUUAUAAAGGUCGUUUACGAGGCAUUUAAAAACGCUGGUUUACCAAUUCCAAAAAUCGCCGGCACCUAA